AUGGAGUUUGGCGCCAGAAAGGAAAAGGAGGGACGGCGCCUGUGGUAUGGCCAAGCGUUCAAUUUAGAUGAAGCUUCUGAAUGGCUUAAGAACCUCUCUCUCAUUGGCUGUCCAGGUGAAAAGUCUAAAGCUACGAGCAUCAACCCGCAUACAUCUACACUCAACACUCUGAUUGCGAGGGGAAAGACAAAGCGUGCCGCCAGGACAUCUACAUCGUAUGAAGGCAAGGCUUCCCAGCACGUCAGCUUCUCCGUCUUGGGCAAUGGACACCCAACCAGAAUCAUUGCUAUGGAAAGGAACCUGGAAGGCCAGCAUACGGCUGCAACCCGUGAACGCUUCAUGAUGUGCGUCAACUCGUCUGUGGCACGGCGUGAUGCCUUGCCAGAGAGCAUGUUGGUGGCUGACCCAGAUUUGCCCGCAUUUACAUGGCUCCCCCUGACUACCUUGCAAGCUGCCAUUUUCAAGCGGGAAGGCGUUGUCAACAACCCGGAAUACUUCGCCAACUCCGUGGCUGAAUCGCAGGAUGCUGACCAAGAAGGCUACCCCAUCGCCUUUCCCGAUGGGGUCCCUUCACGGAUUCGCUACAAGGUGCAAACCGAUGACAGAGGACAAAACCUGGGAAUGCAGACUGAGUUCCGUAUUUCGGGCCGAUGGCAUAUGAAGGAUCCCACUGACCGCAUCCAGUUGGGGGCAAAAAGGGUCACCGAGCAUUUCCGGUCUCGGCCGCACUCGGUGCUUGCAAUGGAAGAGGUUGCCCGUAAACUCUUGCUCGGCUGCUCCGAUUGGUUUGGUUCCUCUUUGCGCUUGCGCAGUUUCUUUUUCCCUGCAAGACCACCACCAGAUGAACCCAUGCGCAGCGCGGAGCGGGGCAAAAUGUGCGAGCGUCCACAGUUGGAGGCGCUGCAUGCCGGGGCUGCAGCGCAUCAUGGACAAAUGUCUGCCGCCAUUGCUGUGCUGGCGCUGGCCAGUGGCUCUGGCUCUUUCGAUGCUGCUGGCAACCUUAUGGUGGCCAGUCGGCUGGUCGAGCUCAACCUUCAGAUUCGGCGCGCUUUCCGCGGCCCCUUGCCACCUUCUGGGGAGAGGCCAGCUGAUAGCGACAGUGAUCCAGAAUGCAUUGCCAAGCCAGUGCACGGUUUUGGUUCCUUUGCCGCGCCUGCUGCUACCCAGCCAUGUCCAGCCCUUCACACAGACGAGGCGAGCGUGCCCGUCGCAGAGGCAGCGGUUGAAGAGCCCCCUGAAGAUGAGCGUGCAGAAGAUGUUUCGGAGGCGGCUUUGACGUUUGACCAACUCUUGCCAGAAGAACAGUUCUUCCAACGAGGCCUGGGUGAAGGAGACGCGAUGAUCUUUGAUGAUAGCAAGUUCAAAGACCAAGCCCUCCUCCGGAAAGUUUUGUUGAGCGGGCAGAGCGAGCUCAAGCUCAGUCGUGUUGUCGACCUGUACCACCAUGGUUGA